AUGUUUAAAGGGUGCAUAUAACCUAUGGUAAAUCAUACUAAAAAAUAAUCCAUGAUUUGAUAAUCCAUCCAUUUUAUUACUUUGACGAACUUUUCUCGUCUCCCAAAGCAUCACACACCUCCAUGAGUUUUUUUUUUACAAGUACAAGUUUUUUGUUUGUUUUCUUCCUAGUCCUCACUAGUCCAGUACCAAACCAGGAAGGACUAUAAACACUGUUGUUUCAUUUUCCCUUCAGCUCUUCAACACAGGGCCUGAAACUCAUCAUUUUUGUAUAUGGUCUUUGUCCUCCUGCUUACCACUCCAAUGCAUGUUCUUCUAAUACUUACCUAAUAUUCAACAGUUCUUCUGAUGAACCUCCUGCUUCCUUCUGCAUUGGCAUGUGUUAUUACUGUUCUCUACUUCACCUAAACUAAACUUUUCUUUAACAUGUAAAAAUUCCUCCAAAAAUCUUACUGCAUUUAUAUAUGGAUCUUGCAAGUGCUAACUACUGUGAACCUCCACCUCAAGGGGAAGCAACAUUAGAAGGGAAAAAUGAGAACCCAUUCUUGGAUAGUUUCCCUGACCCGCUUUGCAAACUUAAUCUAAAGGAGACAUCUGAUUUUGUGAAGUCAUUGCCAACAGCAAGCAAUGGAGCAGGGUUUUUAAGGAAAGAAGGAGUAAGUUCAGUGACAAGGAGGAAUAUGGAUGCUCCAUCAACACCGGGUCGACCCAUUUUCAGUUUCAGUGUUGGGAAUUUUUCAAGAAAAAAUUUCCCUUCUAAGUGGGAUGAUGCAGAGAAAUGGCUUGUUAAUGGAAGUUCUAUUCAAGAUUCCCCUGCUUCUCAUCAUAAUAGUAAUAAUGGCUUAAAGCCAGCAUUAGAAUCCUCAAAAUUGUUAAAGCAGUGCAAUGGGUUCAAGCUUAAAGAAACUGAAAAUGUCUUUGCAGAAAAAAACAGAGUUACAGAUGAAAAGGUAUCUAAAGUAGCUUCAGAUUUUCAGGUGUCUUUACCUUUACACCAUCACCAUAUUUCUGCUGGAGCUGCCAACACUGUUUUUGCUGCAACUGAUGUUUUUCUAAAAGAUAAGUUCACAGAUGAAGUGGAAUCUAUUUAUCCCAAAUCUAGGUGCUUAGAACCUACAAAAGAAGGAUUUUUGUUUGGAAACGCGGCAGGAAAAUCAAUGAAAGAGGCAACAAUGGAGGCAAUUCAUGAGAUUAAACACAGAGAUAUUGGGACAGAAAUGACCCCAAUUGGCAGCUCUACUACUUCAAGAUGCCAUACUCCAUUCAAGAGCCCAUCGCCUGCUCGACACAAUACCCCCGCGGACAGAUCUGGACCAUUGGCCUUACCUAGUUCAGGUUCCGAUAGCACAGUUGAUAUCAUGCAACUUCAGGAGUGCCAUCUAGCAAAAUUGCAGUUUGGGACACAAUUUGAUUCUGUUACAACCAAUUGGAGUUCGAGGGAAGAAGAAGAGGAGGAUGUAUCGAAGAGUUUGAGACAUUUUGAGAUAAAUAAUGAGUGUAGAAAGAGCGUCUCGGAGUCCAAAACACGUUCGUGGGAAGAAGAAGAGAAGAACAAAUGCUGUCUCAGGUACCAAAGAGAAGAAGCAAAAAUUCAGGCUUGGAUAAACCUCCAAAAUGCAAAAGCAGAAGCUCAAUCCAAAAAACUUGAGGUGAAAAUCCAGAAGAUGAGAUCAAAUCUGGAAGAGAAGUUAAUGAAAAGGAUGGCGAUAGUUCACAGAAAAGCUGAAGAAUGGAGAACUACAGCUCAACUACAACACAAGGACCAAAUAGAAAAAGUGGCUGAUCAAUCACGGAAGAUGAUGUUGACAAGGCAAAACUCACAUCUAUCUGCCCAAUCUUCCUGUGGGUGUUUGCCAUGCCGAAACCAUCUUAUUUAAUUCGAAUCGAGCACCAAUGUUCAGUGAGAUUCAUUCUGUAUUCCAAUUGAGUUAUUACUCAGAAAAAAAAAUCUUAAUGCAACACUUUUACGGGCCAACACAUCAUACUGUGAAGUUCUAGUAGGCGAGUCUAACUGAUUGUAUGAAACGAUGACAUUAUGAGCUUUGACACUAUGAUGAAAAAUUCGUUACUACAUAUCCUAUAAUGUGGCCUCACUGUGAGAAUCCCAGUAAAUUUUUACAAAAUGGAAUGUUCACAAAUUGAGAUAAUGGUUUUGUCGGCUUUGAGGUGCACUUUAAUGAAUAGUUGGUGAUAGUUCAUUUAGCAAACACAAACUUGCAAAAAAGUGAUACUUUGUGUUCUCCGCUCUUUAAUCUGGAUUAUCAAUGCAUCUACUCAUCAAAGUUGGGGGUGCAACAAGUACAACAUUUUUGCUUGAUAUUGCAAAAUCUGAAGAUCCUUUGUCUUGAAUAGUACCACAGUUUUCCGAGGUAGUAGAAUUAAGGCCUCCAGUAAUCAGACUGUUCAAACUAGCAGAUUCUAUGUCUUAGCUGGAAAAUGAAAUACAAGAUGUUGAUUGUUUGUCAGUUGUGCUUGUUGUUAAUUUAGAUUUUAACUUUUAUUGUAAUCAUAAGUUUGAUUUGAUCUUAAAUGUCCUGGGACCACCUUCAACUGCUACCUGGGCAUAGCUUCUCAUUAUAAGCUGCAAUAAUUGUACCUUGCCUUCAAUUAUCAAUGAAAGCAGCACUGAGAUU